AGUACUGAUAUGUUUUCAGAACACUGAGUCAUGUCUGACUCGGAGACCAUCGAGCUAGCCGCUCUGGGCCGACCCUUCCAGCUGGGGAUGCUGUAUGACUGUCGUAGAGAUGUCCUCAUCCCAGGUAUCACUCUCUGGGAUUCUGAGAUGCUGCAGAAACACAUCAAUGUCCGUCCACAACCGAACACCGACUUCAAAAUCAUUGCUUCAGACUCAAGUGAAGCCAAGUCAGAAGCUUUGAAUGUGUCUGCAUCUCUUGAGGCCAGUUUUCUUGGUGGCUUAGUCAGUGUGAAGGGUUCUGCUGAAUUCCUACAUGACAAAAAGACCUCAAAGCGUCAGUCUAGGGUUUCCCUGCAGUACCGUGCCACCACUCGCUUUGAGCAGCUGACCAUGAACCACCUGGGGGCAGGAAAUGUGAAAUACUGUAAUGUCUUACAAGAGGGCUCUGCAACCCAUGUGGUGACUGCCCUGCUCUACGGAGCCCAGGCCUUCUUCGUUUUUGACCAAGAGGUUUCCUCAGGAGAAAACCACCAGGACAUCCAGGGAAACCUGCAGGUCACAAUAAAAAAGAUCCCUCAAAUGUCAAUAGAAGGGCAGGCAAAUUUGAAGAUGAGUGAGGAAGAGCAGAGGGAGGCCAAUAAAUUCAACUGCACCUUCCAUGGUGAUUUUGCACUAGAAAACAACCCUGUCACAUUUGAAGAUGCCAUCAAGGUGUAUGCUGGCCUGCCAAGUCGACUAGGGGAGAACGGAGAACAUGCUGUGCCCAUGACCGCCUGGCUCUAUCCUCUCAAGAACCUGGACUCUGCAGCUGCCCAGCUAGUCAGGCAGAUCAGUGUUAGCCUGGUGCGUCGCGCACAGCGACUCUUGGACGGACUGGAUAAUACUGAUGUACAAUGCCAGGACAUGAUGAAGGAAGACAUGGCUAUCAAGUUCCCUGAACUCAAAGCCAAGCUCAACAAGUUCAGGGACUUGUGCUCAGAGUACAAGCUGGUGUUCCAGAAAGGUCUCUGCAAGGUGCUUCCCAACAUAAGAGGAGGAGGAAUGGAGGAGGAAGAGCUGAUAAAAAUGCUCAACAGCAAAGAAAGUUCUCCAUUCCAGAAUGACCUCAUGAUCACGUACCUGGACGACAGAGAGAGAGAGAUGAAUGAUAUAAUGAAAGAGGAGAAAGAAGACUAUGAGUUAGUCUUGGAGAACUACUUGCUGGAAGAAUCUAAAAGUGAUUUUUCACUGAUACCUUACAACCCCAACGCAGCCGGGAAGACUGCAGCAGAAAAGUGGUUUCGCUCAGGGGAGUUUGAGCUGCCAUCAAAGCCUGGUGUUCCCACCAUCAAGAGUCUGGAGCAUGACUGUGUCCACUUGCAGGUCAACCCUCCCAACCUUGGUUUUACCUCUGUGGAGUCGUACCAGGUUUUGUACCAGGCUGAGCAGGCUGACUCUGAGUGGACCGAGGUCAAAUCGGAUUCUACAACUAACCAGGUCACCAUCAGUCGUUUGGACCCUUACAAAAAGUACCGCUUUAGCUGCAAGGCGGUGUGUAGACCUGGUGUGAGCCUCUCCAGUGACUGGACAGAAUACUUCAGGACCCGCCCAUGUAGCCCCCCUGGACCACCCACAGAGAAGAGGAUAGAAUCAGGGUCUCUGAUUCCCAACCCGAAGACAAGCAAAUCAACAGGAGCAAAAAGUGAGGAAUUUCUAAAAAAAUCCCAGAAGGUGGAAAAGGGCAACCCCUCAAUCCACUGGCUGAAUCUAGAACAGAAGUUGGGUGGAAAUGAACAUUUUGACCACUACACAUUUGGGAGGAAAGUUGAGCAAGUGAAUAACAAGGUGAUAUUGCUUCUGGGGGCCACAGGUGCAGGAAAAACAACUCUGGUCAAUGUCAUGAUAAACUACAUUCUCGGGGUAAAGUGGGAAGACUAUUACCGCUUUAAGCUCAUCCAUGAGGUGACUAAUAGGUCACAGGCUGAGUGCCAGACUGUGGUUGUGACAUCAUACGAGCUCUACAACCAGCCAGGCUUUCAGAUUCCUUAUUCUCUGACCAUCAUUGACACACCAGGGUUCAGAGACACCAGAGGAAUGGCUCAUGAUAAAUUGCUCAUCCAGAUGUUGAAGGAUUUCUUGUGUCACCCUUUAGGGAUUGAUUACAUUGAUGCAGUCUGCUUUGUAGUACAGGCAUCACUUGUUCGUCUCAGUCCUUCCCAGAGAUACAUCUUUGGUUCCAUCCUGUCCAUCUUUGGAAAGGAUGUUGCUGAAAACAUCCUGAUGCUUGUGACAUUUGUUGAUGGGAAGAACAUACCGGUGCUAGAGGCCAUCAAAGCUGUAAAUCUGCCCUGUAAGAAAGACAAGAAGGGGCUACCAAUCCAUUUCAAAUUCAACAGUUCAUUUCUGUUCUCAAAGGAGACGGAGAGCAGCUCUGAAGAGGAUGAUACUGAUGAUGAUCAUAAGGCCCAGUGUCCAGAGCAAUGGAGGUCAACUUCCAAGGAGAUUAAGAAAUUUUUCCAAGCACUAGAAAGCAUUGAGAGUAAAGAUCUGACCCUGACAAAGAAAGUUCUGGAAGAACGUGAGCUUCUGGAGAAGAUCAUGACAUGCCUGACCCCUUGGAUCACUGCAGGUCUGUCAAAGCUAAGUGAGAUCAAAAGCCUCAAACAGUGUCUGGAGAACGAGGACGAGAACAUGAAACAGAACAUGGAUUUUGAGACUAAGGUAACUGUGCUACAGUUGAAGAGAAGCAAAUUAUCCCAAGACUUUGUGACAAACUGCAAGGUAUGCAAUUUUACAUGUCACAUCUGGAGUUUCCUUCCAAAUGAGGAUGACAUCAAAAGUUGUGCCGUGAUGGAUGAUGAUGGUAACUGCACCAUAUGUCCAGGAAAAUGCUCUUCCAGUGACCACGACAGGGAAAAAGUCUUGUUGACAUAUGACACAAAGAAUGAGAAAAAGACUGUUCAAGGAAUGAAGGACAACUUCAUGAAGGCGUGGGGCAAGUCUAUGGAAACCAAGGAGAUGCUGGAGAAGCUUGAGGAUGAGUUUCAUAGGAUCAAGGACGCACUGAUGAAUUUGAUCAAGAAGUCUUCUGACUGUCUCAAGAGACUUAAUGAUGUUGCACUGAAGCCAAGCUCUCUCUCCACUAUGGAGUACAUUGAGAUAAUCAUUCGCACAGAGGAGGACGAACGCAAGCCAGGCUUCGAGGAUCGGAUCGUAGAGUUGAAAAAAAUGAAGAAAGAGUCUACAAUUCUAGGUAAGAUUGCAAAAGGAGAAGAUGUACUCCCAAAUGAGCGAGAAUUCCUGAAGGAUAAAGAGGAUAGACGGCAGGGGGUUCCAAAAUAAAUAAGUCAUGGAAUGUUGUCCUGCUAACAUUAUCUGGAAACCAAAAUUGGGUCUCCAUUAGAACAUUAAGCUUCCCAAUGUUGUAGGAGC